AUGAACGAUGGCACGUUCGCAUCCUCGCUCGUUUAUUGCGUCGUUUACGUCGUCGCGAGAUUUUCGGAUGAUUUGGAAAGAAGAGAGAGAGCAAUCAGAACAGGUUCAUAUUUAGUAGACAUAUAUGUGUCAAUUUUACGCGUCCGUGGCGAAAAUGCCGCGUUUAUCCUCUCUCUUUGCGUGUGUGUGUGUUUGUGUAGUUUGUGCGAGUCUGGUUCGAUGUGCGCGUCGUCGCGACAAAGUCUCAAACUCUUUUACAUCGACAUCAUCAAAAUCGCAAAAGGAUAUCAAGGAAAUGAGGAUUUCUCUUUCCCCAAUUGA